UUGCUUAAUCCUUCAAGGGAAGUCACCUGGAAAUGGAGGAUGUUGGAAGUAACUACAUGAGUAUUUUGUUCCGGACUUCUUUGUUGCAAGUUUCCAAGAAGGAUAGGUUUGGAAGAACUAUAAAAUUCACUAUUCACGAUCUUGUGUAUGACUUUGUUAAAGAAGCAGCUAAAGAGUCCAUUUUCUUUGUUCCCUCGGCUGAACUUAGAGCCGGUAAGGAAAGUCUUUUAAAGCCGCGAACUUUGAUUUUGAGCGAUGACCUUGCACAUGAUUUGCCGAUCGUUUGUAAAAGCCUUCGAGUCUUAGUUCUUGAAGAUGAAGAUGUUAAGGAAUUGCCAGCCACGAUUGGAAAGUUGAAGCUUUUAAGAUAUCUUGACAUCUCCAGGACUUCAAUAACAGAGCUCCCAAAUCCCAUCACACGGUUGUACAAUUUGCAAACAAUGAAACUCAGUAAUCUGCAACAGCUUCCCAAAAAUUUUGGAAAUUUGGCUAACCUGAGGCAUUUGUGCAUUGAAGAAGAUGGAAUCAUCAACGGCAAGCCAUGUUUGCUUCCUGAUAUAGGGCAAUUGAGCUCUCUUCAGACGUUGCCUUUCUUCUUUGUAAGUCGAGAUAAGGGAUGUCAAAUUGAUCAGUUGGGGCAUUUGCACAAUCUCAGGGGCGACCUCAAGAUCUUUGAUCUCCAGAAUGUUAGCAACCAAGAGGAAGGAAUCAAGGCAAAAAUAUCCACAAAGAUAAACCUUGAUAGUUUGGAACUUCACUGGGAUACUAGGACCAGAGACGAAUCCACUGAUGAGGAUGUCUUGAAAGGUCUUGAACCUCACCCAAAUUUGAAAGGUUUCACAAUGGAAAACUUUAUGGGCCGAAGCCUUCCAUCGUGGAUGCUGACCACAAGCCAUCCUUUGGCCUUUCGCAAUCUUGUGAAGAUCGUGCUGAGGAACUUCAACAAGUGUCAGCAAAUUCCACCACUUGGGCACCUCCCUCACCUCAAUAUUGUCAACAUAAUUGGAAUGAAAAGUGUAAAUUGCAUCGGCACUGAUUUCUUCGGUUGGAAAAAUGUUGAUGAUGCAAGUAGUAGCAAUCCAAGUGGCCUAGCAGGGGAUGCUGUGGUUUCAUUUCCGGCACUAAAAGAACUAAUUCUGGAGGAUAUGCCUGAUUUGAUAGAGUGGUCGGGUUUAAUGUGCCACGAUUCAUCACAUUCAUUGGUCAAGAUAUUCCCUUCUUUGGAGAUUUUAAAAGUCCAAAACUGUCCAGAAAUGAUAAGCCUGCCAGAUGGUGUUUGGCACAACCUUAGAUGCAUUAAAGAACUGUGUAUUUCGGGAUGCGAUAGUUUAAGUCAUCUACCAAAGGACGUUGGAGGAUUGGUAUCUCUUGAGAUUCUAACAGUAGUGAAUUGCCCCAAUCUUGUUUCCAUUCCAGAUAUUCAUUCCCUACGAUCUCUAGUUGUGCUGAAUCUUGCGGGAUGCGACAACUUGCGCUCUCUACCAAGUGGAAUGGAAGUCUGUACAUCAAUCAGGCUUUUUACAUUAGUGAAGUGCCCUGCUAUUCAACCUGAGGAUUUGCAUCCUCUGUCGAGGAUGACUCAACUACAAGCAUUGGCGCUAGGUGAUUUCUCUCAUGAUCUUGAUUAUUUCCCCUGGCCCAGCUACACCAUUAAUCCUUGCAGAGUUACUAUUACCGAUAAUGAGAACAAAGAAUUCCAACAUCCUUUUGCCUCGUUGCAGUCUCUUGGAUUAUAUGGUUGGCAAGCAGUCACAUCUUUGCCGGAGCAGAUUCAGCAUCUCUCCAACUUGGCCUUUUUAACGAUACAUAAUUUUGACGGGAUUGUGGCUCUGCCAGAGUUCUUGGGUAGCAUCCAUUCACUCGAAGAACUGGACAUUGAAGACUGCAAAAAUCUGUUGCAUUUGCCUUCUGCUGAGGCAAUGCGUCGCCUCACCAAAUUAAGGAAAUUGACAAUUGAACAUUGUCCACUUCUCAAGGACAGAUGCAAGGAAGAGAUCGGCCAAGAAUGGGACAAGAUUGCUCAUAUUCCAGAAUUUCAGCUGCUGCCAUGAACAUGUGCAAUGCAUCGCCUCAUCUUACUUUGCUUAAUACAGCAACUACAUGCACCACCAGCAAGGGCAGAAAGCACAUCUCCAAGACGAUAAGAUUGUUGUAUUUUGUCUCUUGGACCUCUCUUGAUGCCGGUCAGUUGGAUUCCUGGUGCAAGUGUUGCUGCUUCUAUCUGCCUCUCUUCUCUUCUUGGGAUUCUUUGUUUUUCGUUUCUUACUUCUUUAAUAGUACUUUCUCAUUUCCUUUUCCUUAUUUUGUAUUCUAUAUUAGUUCUUCUUGAAUUUGUAUCCUAUAUUGGUGUUUCUUGAAUGUUACAUAUUAUAUCUUGGUCAUGUUUCCCUUUCUUUUGAUUA